AUUAUACAUUCGUUGUCUAUCAUUAUCGUUACUGGCGCUCUAGAACUUCACAGAAUCGUGCAGUUCUUUGGGUCGACUCGUCUUCGCUACCGUACUUGCAACGACGUGCAAAGUGAACACCUGUUCCGACGGCCACGAUCAAGUUACUUUCAAGCGUCACUCUUACCUAGGCAUUGGGCGUUUCCAUCAUCAUGUUGAUUCCAUCGGGUUUCAGCUGGAUCCCCAAACUCCUCAUCGUACUCGCCUGUUGUGUACCACCACUCUAUUUCUGCCUCAGCCGUCUUACAACUCCCUCGUCUUCUUCCUCCCCCUCCAGCCUCUACUGCCCAAUCUCCCCCCUUUCCAAUGACGUCCAGCUCGUCCUCAAAACAACCGCCACGGAAGUCCUCUCAAACCUCCCCGUCCACCUCGAAACAACCCUCCGCUGCGUCCCCAACUACCUCAUCUACUCCGACCACGCCGAAUCCCUCGCCGGCAUCCCCAUCCACGACGCCCUCUCCUCCCUCCCCAACAUCCUCAACUCCCCCCGCCCCGAGUUCGCCCUCCACAACCACCUCCACGCCCACGGACGAGCCGGCCUAAACACCACCACCCCCCUAAACACCACCUCCGCCCGUACCCUCGCCAAGUGGAAAACCAUCCCCACCCUCCACGACGUCCUCCACCGCCGCCCCACGGCAAAAUGGUUCGUCUUUAUCGACCUCGACACCUACAUCGUCUGGCCCAACCUCCUCGCCUACCUCGCCCGCUUCGACGCCCGCAAGCCCUGGUACAUCACCCAGCGCGCGCACCGCGGCACGCGGCCGCAGGUCUUCGCCAACAGCGGCGCCGGGUACGCGCUCUCCGCGCCCGCGGUCCGCAAAAUGCUCGCACACGUCCGCGCGCACCGCAAGAGCUUCGAAAAGCUCAUCGAGAGCGAAUGGGGGGCGGAUGUCUUGCUGUACCAAGCCCUAAAAGACGUGGGCGUGGAGCUGUUCAGCGCGUUCCCGCAUUUCCAGGGCGCUGCGCCACCAGGGUUAGAUCUCAAUGCUACGCAGAUCGGCAGGCGGCCGUGGUGCUACGCGCCGGUGUCGUACGGCCACAUGCGGCCGGAGGAGCGGCGCGCGUUGUGGGAGUUCGAGCAGGAGUGGGAUCGGCGACAUGAGGGGUCGGGGCGGGUGCUGCGGCAUCGGGAUGUGUUCAAGGGGCUUGUGCUCCCGCAGAUCCCGGCGGUGCGGCGCGGGUGGGACAAUAUGGUGGGGUGGAGGACGGAGUAUAGCGAGGAGGUGUUUCGGCAGCUGACGUAUAAGGAGUGGUGGAAUCUGGAGCAGGAAGAGCAGGAGGCGUAUUUUUCGUUUUCGCAGUGCAGGGCGCUUUGCGAGAGUUUGGCGAGCUGUCGGCAGUACGCGUAUGCGGUGGGGAGGUGCGAUAUCUCGGGUGGGUUGACGUUGGGCUAUGAGAGGGAAAAGGGGGAGACUUGGGACGAUUCGCAAAUGCCUGAGAUUACUUCGGGUUGGGUGAUGAAGAGGUUGCCGGAGUAUGUGGAAAAGAUGGAUUCGUCGUGCGAGGGGGAGGAUGGGAAUGGCUGGGUUACUACUUGAAGAGGGCCUUUCUUCAAGCUUCCAAGCACUAGGUUUUCAUUCAUACUCAAAUUGAAAGGGC